AUGUUCAAGGUUCAGCCUUGGGGGAAUCAAACCAACAACAAUACAAGUCUAACGGGGCUGGCUUGCAGCACCGACCACAUCAAAGCAACUGAACCACGGACAAUCAUCACCUCACCUGGCUGCAUGCAGACCACUCACACCAGUUGCAGAAGCAGGUUUGGCAGCAAAAUGGCACUUCUUCUUAGCCUUCUUUGCAUCUUCUGCCUGGUUGGCCCAGUUCUCAACCAGGACAUGCCUUAUGAGGAAUAUAUGGCCCAGAUCCAAGCCUGCCCUAAAGAGUGUCACUGCCCCCCCAACUUCCCUCGCGCUGUCUACUGUGACAAUAAAGGCUUGAAGAGCAUCCCCAAAAUCCCUCCACACACAUGGUAUCUCUACCUGCAGAACAAUCUCAUUGAAGUGCUGUCAGCAGAUGCCCUGCGCAAUGCCACAUCGCUACGCUGGCUGAAUCUAAACCGUAACAAAAUCACUAGUGAGGGAGUGGAAGAAGGGGUCCUAAAUGCGAUGUCUCACCUUGCGCACCUCUACAUGGAUGACAACCUCUUGUCUUCUGUGCCAUCUGCCCUGCCACCCAGCCUGGAGCAUCUAAGUCUCUCUCGCAAUCGCAUCUCCAAGAUCGCUGCCGGUGUCUUCAAUGGUCUGGAUAAGCUUAACCUCUUGGACCUCCAGGGGAACAAGCUGAUGGAUGAUGCUGUGACUGAGGUGAGCCUGAAGGGCCUAAACAACCUCAUACAGAUCAAUCUUGCCAAGAACCAACUGAGUAGCAUGCCACUUGGCUUACCACCCACCACCACCCAGCUUUUCCUUGAUGGUAACAACAUUGAAAAAAUCCCAGCCGGCUACUUCAAGGGUCUGCCAAAAGUGGCUUUUCUGAGGCUCAACCACAACAAACUUGGCAGCAAUGGAGUUCCCAAAAAUGUGUUUAAUGUCUCCAGCAUUUUGGACUUGCAGCUGUCCCACAACCAGCUGACUGAAGUUCCCCUCAUCUCCUCAGGCCUUGAGCACCUUCACCUUGACCACAACAAUAUCAAAAGUGUAAGUGGCUCUAAUGUCUGUCCUGUCGCUGUCGAGUCUGUGGACGAUUCCAUCAACGAAAGUGUUCCUCGUCUGCGCUACCUCAGACUGGAUGGCAAUGACAUUAAGCCACCAAUUCCCAGAGAUGUCAUUCUGUGCUUCCGUCUCCUGAGGUCUAUUGUCAUCUAA